AAAGCCAGAUCACAUGUAGACAUGUGUAGUCAAAGUUUUCAACUAUAUAUAUGCAUAGGCGACAAUUAAUAAGAGCAUCAGAAAACAACUGCAAAUCUUCACGUGUUCUCUUUUGCUCAUCACAUGUUCUCUUCUUUCUUCGCAUUUCUCUGAAAAUCUAAUCCUUUCUCUUUUUGGCAUCCCUAGGCUCUUUUCGUGAUUCAUCUUCCAAUAAUAAAACCCUUUACUUACAUACAUACAUAUCCACCUACUCAACUUUGGCAUGGACAAGAAGAAGGUUGUUGCAGCUUUAUCGUCAUCGUCAUCGUCAUCUUCUUCUUCUUUCGAUCAUAUAUUUGGUCCAAGAGUCUCUUCUUCAUCUUCUUCAGCAACCACUGGAUUGUUCACAACCAUCUUCCCACGACCCUCUGCGGGGAUGUUGGGGAGGCAAACGGACUUUGCAAGUCAAGGUGGACAUGUGAAGUAUCAAUCUGCAAAUGAACGAGGAAAAAGCAACAUAAAGGAGAAAAACAGUUACCAUAAUGAGGAAACAGAACCACCAUGCAACUUGAGCUCUUCAAUUUACUAUGGAGGCCAAGAGAAAUACUCCUCUACAACGAAUACUAAUAAAGAUACUUACAAGAAAGAUGCACAGGAAGGCGAUUCCAAAAGCGCAUCAAGAGGAAACUGGUGGGAAGGGUCGCUUUAUUACUAACAUGCACUGCAUGUCACGCAAUCUUGAUUUUGAGCAACUGCUAAGGGAAUAAGAGACAUAUAAAUGCCCUUACUAAAUUAAAGAGUGUAGUAUAUUGCAUAAACAAAGUAUGACUUGUUCUUGAGAUGUUGAUUUGUUGUUUACGUAAAACGCAACGCUAAUUAAAGACAAGCCUCUUUCUGAUGAUUUUAAAGUUUGUCUAAUAUUGUCUAUGUGAAAUGAUGCUUUAUGAAUACUUGUAAUCGUACUUUGUAUUUUACAUAAUAAUAAAGCACAUUUGUUACUGGUAUCAAAAAGAAUAAGCUCAUUAGAGCAAUUUUGACGGUGCAAAUCUUAGAGCAUGAUUAUUAGAGCAGCUGCAACGGGAGAUCGUUGAUGGUCCUUAGCGCAUAAUCAUAUGCUUUUGGGAUUAUAAUAAUAUUAUUUGAGCUAAAUAAGCUAAGGAUUAAUCCUUACAUACGGAUUUAAAGGUGUUGAUCCUUAGAAACGUGGCAGCGGGUGAUUCGUUGGUCGGCUUUCGUCUUUCGUAUACCAAAAAAAAAAAUCAUUUUCGACCGAAGCGGAGAAAAAAAAAAGCUCUCGAGGAAAGGCGAAUUGGAAUCG